GGAAGUUGUAUUCUUCGUCACAGUCUCUCUAUGUAGUUCUGUGGAUGUAGUUCCGUUGGUCCAUUGUCGCUUUUCUAACGGAAUUCGUAUUUCAGUAUUUUGGGUUUUUGGAUCAUCGUUCGUAAUUUCUGGAUGAACCCUUGAGCGGUGCGUAACUCCUUCAUCCUUUCUGCAUCUUGCACGAUUGCUGCAGCACUCAGUCUGCAAAGCGAUGGCGCCCUUACCGGUAUGGUGGACGAGUCGGUUGAUGUGCUGCUGGCUGCUUUGGACAACAACGACCGCUCGAGCGCAGAUUCCACCCCAGCCGGACACGGAUCAGCAGUUGCUGCCGCACAUCGUUACCCACUUGCUGCAGCGCUACCUGCGUCAUCCCUUUCAACCGGUCCAGUUCUUUCUAGCCGCUAACACAGCACCACAUCUUCUAGUACAGCGCGAUCUGCUCUCCCAGGUGCUGAGGCACACCAGCGGACAGGCUGCAGUGACGUUCGGCAGCAGCACCAACAACCCAGUCGGCUUGCGGGCAGCGGUACAGCAGCAGCGCUCUCGCGCCAUCCUGUUUGGCGAAGAUUUCGUUGCGUUCGAGCGACUGGUGGCGAACUUCAGCACCACCCUCAACGACUACUCCGGUCGCUACCUGUGCGUCCUAACCGGGGCGUCCGGUAGUGUCCACCAGCUCGAAACCAAACAUCUGCCUCGACUGUUCGGCGCACUCUGGGCGCGGCACAUCGUGCACGUGAACGUGCUGAUCGCCGCCGCCAACGGUACGGUUCGCGCCUACACCUACCAACCGUACACGCCGGAACGGUGCGGCAAACCUGCGGUCAAGCUGGCGGCCGUCUUCGCGCCCGGCAGCUCGGUCGACGCUCAACCGCAUCUCUACCCGCGGCUGACCACGUUCUGCAACUGCACGCUGCAGGUCGGCUCGUUCGAGGCGAAACCGUACACGCUGCUGCGGCCCAAGGUGGACGGCUACACCGAGCUGGGCGGGUUCGAGGGCGACCUGCUGCAUCUGCUCGCCAGCCGGCUGCAGUUCCGCGUGAACGUGACCGAAUCGCCGCACCAGGUGCAGUGGGGCGUGAUCGGGGCGCCCGGCAACAGCACCGGCACGAUGCAGCUGGUGCAGGACGAGCUGGUCGAUCUGGUCAUCGCCUGCAUGGCGCUGGACGUGACGCGCGGCCUGUACCUGAAGGCGGGCUGGGCCCACUACACCUCGCGCAUCCUGUUCGCGGUGCCGCAGGGCCGGCCGUACACCGCGUUCGAGAAGCUGUUCCGCCCGUUCGGCACGGCCAUCUGGGCGGCGCUCGCCGGCACGCUGCUCGGUGUGGCCGGCGUGGUCGGCGGGCUGAGCUGCGGGCGGCGUGCCCGCAGCUGGCGCCGGUUCGUGUACGGGCCGGCGGUACGCAUGCCGCUGCUCGGCGCGCUCUAUCUGCUCUGGGGCGGCUCGGUCGUCGCCGUGCCGGGGCGCAACUUUGCCCGCUCGCUGCUGGCCCUCUGGCUCGGCUUCACGUUCGUGGUGCGCACGCUGUACCAGGGCUCGCUGUAUCUGUACCUACAGCGCAGUGCCACCUUUCCGCCGCUCGCCACGAUCGAGCAGGUGCACCGCUCCACGCUGCACUACCACAUGGUGAACAUCGCGAUGCGGUUCUUCGUCGAUCGGCCGGAGAUAAAGCCGCGCGUCCGCUUCAUACCGCCCGGGCUGGACACGCUCGGCGAGCAGGUGGCCGGCAUGGCGGCGCGCUACACCGACCGGGUCGUCGUCUGCCCGCAGGACAUGGUGGCGUACAACAAUCGGGCCAGCCGGGGGCGGCAGCCGGCCGCCGCCCCGAUACAGGUGACGCGCGAGUCGAUCACGCUGUUUCCGCUCACGAUCUACUAUCCGAAAAAGUCCUGCCUCACGCAACCGUUCGACCGGUUGGUGCGGCACGUCGUCGAGAGCGGCCUGGUCAGCUUCUGGGUGCGCAGCUACGGCGACUACGACUUUGAGGCGAACCGGCGCGAACCGGCCGGCGGCGGGGAACCGCGCAAGCUGACGCUGGCCCAUCUGGUCGGUGCGUACCAGCUGCUGGCCGCAGCGCAUCUGCUUGCGUUCGUGAUCUUUCUGCUCGAGCUCGUUUCGCUGCGUCUGGCGGCCCUUCGGCGGGUGUUGGAAUUUUGCAUGGAUUACCCGGUAAAGAUCGAGUAUUUAAAGAAACCCCUUUCCCUACACACGGUGCAUUUGAGUUCGACGCGUUUCUAUUUCUGCGUCUACACCAGUGCGACACAAAUCGUCAUGAACCGAUGGACGAUCCUGCUGCUUGCCGCCGGACUGCGCGAGUGCUGCCCCGAGGAUAGCAACGGCGGCAUGAAGCGGCUGGUCGUGCGCGAAACGGUCGGCAACCACUUCUCGGAGGUAAUCGUGAACGCGCUCACCCGGUACUACGUGCAGAACCACUCCUCCACGCAGGUGAUGCGGCUGUCCACCGUCAGCGACGGCACGUACGAUCUGCAGUCCGACAUUAUGGACGAGGUGAUGCAGCGGACGUCGCGCAGCAUCGCGUACGAGUUCCGGUCGGCGUUGGGCCCGUCGCGGCGGCCUCGCAUCUUCAACAUCGCCUUCAUCGACGGGUACGGUGCGUUCGAGCAGCUGUUCCGGUCGCUCGAUCCGGCCGAGAACGACUUCGCCGGCUACUAUCUGAUCGUGCUGACGGCGUACGGGCGCCGCAUCGCGCCCGAUACGCUCGCGCGCAUCUUCGCCCUGCUGUGGACGAUGAACGUGAUCAACGUGAACAUCGUGUCGGCCGACCUGGAGGACCAGAGCCGGUGGCAGAGCGUCCUGAUGCACACCUACUACCCGUACCGGGCGGGCGGUAACUGCGAGCGGAUCGUGCCCCACCUGCUGCACCGGUUCCGCAAGGGCCAGCGGUUGGACCGGUCGGUCGAGCUGUUCCCGAGCAAGCUGUCCAAUCUGCACGGGUGCCCGGUGACGGUCGGGACGUUCCAUUUGCCGCCGUACAUGCUGCUGACACCGGCCGGCCGGUACGGGGGGCUCGAGGGGGAUCUGCUGCGUGCGCUUAGCCGGAAGCUGAACUUUACCGUGCGGCUGGUGGUGCCGGAUGACGGUGAGCUGUGGGGACGUACGCCAUCACCGUCGGUGGUUGUCGCUGACGCGAACCGUACCAGAGGUGGUGCGUCCUCGGCUUCCGGCUGCGUGCGGCUGGUGCUGACCGAGCGGGUCAAUCUCACGCUCGGUCGGUUCGCCAUUCGGGGCGAUCGGAAUCUCGUGAUGAAGAGCAGCCGCAGCUACUACACGGUGCGGAUGGUGUUGGCUGUGCCGGCUGGGCGGGAGUACACCCCGUUCGAGAAGCUGUUCCGCCCGUUCAGCCGCUCCGUCUGGGUGCUGGUGACGCUCUAUCUGCUGGCCGGGAUGGUCGUGAUCGGCACCGUUCAGCUGCUGCACCGGCCGGCCGUGCGCGACUUUGUGUACGGGCGCGGUGUGUCCACGCCGGUGCUCAAUCUGCUCAGCGUACUGUUUGGCGGUGCGGUGGUCCAGCUGCCGAUGCGCAACUUCGCCCGCACGCUGCUCUUCCUGUGGAUGUACUACUGUCUGGUGGUGCGCACCUGCUACCAGGGCUCGCUGUACGAGUAUUUGCAGGAGCGCAAAAACUUCAGCCCGCUGCAGACGGUCGAUGCGCUGGUGCGGAACGAUUAUCGCUUUUACUCGCUGCACGGAACCUCGCUCUAUCUGGAACAGAUGCCUCAGAUACUGUCGCGGUUGGUAGCUCCUACACAGAAUGAGAAAAGGGGAAGACGGUACCACUGAACACUGUUACAUCUGCUGUUACUUCCUUUUUUGUUGUAGCAUC